AUGUCCCCCCUGCAGCGUCCCCGGCCAUCUCCUGCGGCCGAUGCCGGCAUCCGUCUUCCGGUUUCCGGUCCCUGCGAGCAUUGGGACGUACGGGACGCAUGGGGGCCGGAAACGGCAGGAAAUUUUAAAACUUUAAAUAAAAUCACAUAGUAAAACAUUACUGUUUCAAACCAUUUCACAUACAUUUUGUCCCGAGUGCUUUGUCCUGUGCCCUGCCUGCAUUUUUACUGUUCUUUCUGCCUGGAAACUGAGAAACGUCCAUGGCGUCCAAAAAGGGUCCCUUUAGGUCAAAAGCAGUUUUAGACCGCUAGAGAACAGCAUAGUAAAUUAGAACCACUUGCAGAAUUGA